UGGCAAGAUAAGCGUCCAAUUUGACGAAGACAAUUAGCAACCCUUAUCUUCCUCACAACACCACCUCUCUUUUCUUUCACCAUGGAAACCAGUCUCUUUUCCUUAUCUUCACCCCAAACCCUAACCCUAAAACCAAACACCCACCCACUUUUCAAUAGCCAUUUCUAUUUUCCCCUAUCCAGACGCACUCCUUCUUCUAAACCAACCCACAUCAGAGCCGCCAUUUCUCGUACCAAGAAAGAACAAACCGUUGAAACUGUUAAAACCAAUCUCGAAAAUUGCUUCCUCGUUGCCGCCAUCAAGUACGAGGGCUUCACCGUCAAGCAAUUCCAAGACCUCAGGAGAUCAUUGCCGGAAAACACCAAGCUUCUUGUGGCUAAAAACACUUUGGUUUAUAAAGCCAUUGAGGGCACUAAAUGGGAAGCUUUAAAGCCGUGCAUGAAGGGCAUGAAUGCCUGGCUUUUUGUUCACAGUGAAGAGAUUCCUACGGCGAUAAAGCCGUACAGGACUUUUCAAAAAGAGAGGAAAUUGGAAGAGAAUGACUUUACUGGUGCUGUUUUUGAAGGGAAAUUUUAUGGGCCUGGUGAUUUUAAGGCUUUAGAAAGUAUGCCCACCAGAGCAGAGAUUUAUGCCAAGAUGUUGGGGGCAUUGCAAGGACCGGCUUUGGGUUUGGUGAGUACUUUACAGGCUCCAGCUAGAGAUGUGUUGAUGGUGUUGAAGGCUUAUGUGAAGAAACUGGAGGAUGAAAGUGGGCAAUAGCGAGGGAGUGAGGUUUUAAGUUUGGGUUUAAUUUUGUUAUAUUUUGGAUUGUUGUCGUAGUAUAUUUUGUUAUAUGAAUCCCUUUUUAAAAGUUAAGGGAAACAAUGGAACUUGUAGAUUUUGUAGAUUUGGAAAUGAAUUUGAUACUGCUUUAUAAGUCAA